AGCCUUCAGCUAAACAAGUCUACUUAAACUCUAAGGGUCAGCAUCCAAUGUUCACUGAUGAUUCCUGUGGUCACGAUGUAAUUCUUCUCUCAGACAUAAUCUAUUCCUAUGGUCAAUAAUUUUGGGGAAUUAUUUACCACUACAUCCUCUUAUAGUCUACCUAAGCUAUUUCAUUUGGAUGACUGGACGAACUACAGUGAAGUUUUGCAGGAGAUCAGCAGCCUUUAUCUUAGAAUCAAGAGGCAAGCAUAAAGAAAUCAAAUUGGUUUGCACUGGCUCGUAAAACCGAUACUGCAUGGGCGCGCGUAUUUUUGAGUUGCAGCUAUGCGUAUCUCAGGUGUACUGCGGAGGCAGGUGUUAUCAUAUAUGGAGUUGCAGCAGUACGUCACUGCGUGUUAUUGGGCUGACAAACUUGUUUGCUUAGAAAAAUAUCGUCCGGAAGAUGUUUUACUAUACGCCAAAGCGUUAUACCACAGUCGACAAUACCAUCGUGCAAUUGUUUUAAUUCAAAACUGCAAGGAUUUAAAACGAUCACUUAUUUGUCGUUAUUUCAUUGCCCAAUGUUAUUACGCUUGUUCAGAGUAUAACAAGGCAUUGGAAAUACUUGAACAACCUGAUAACUCUACUAAUAUUAGUUCAUUGGCUCCGUGUCCAUUGUCAAAACUAUUCACACAAUUACACAGUGAAACUGUUGACAGUGAAACUUCAUCAAAACAGCUGAAUAAUGUUGAAUCUAAUGAAUUAAUCAAUGAAUUUACUUCAGAACAUCUUCAAAGUAGCAUAGCGUUAUUAAAGGGAAAAUUGUAUGAAUUAAUGGACAAUAGGUCAUUAGCAAUACAAUUUUACAAAGAAGCUUUACUUCUUGAUGUAACAUGUUAUGAGGCUUUUGAAAAAUUAGUACACCUUCAGUCCAUUAGCUCAGAGGAAGAGUCUCUGUUAUUAAGUGAAUUAAACUUUGUUGAACACCUUAAUCCACUGAUGGGUAAAUUAACUGAAUUCCUUUAUAAGGAUAAAUUGAAUAAGAGUUCAGUUUCAGAAGAUAAAAUACCUGAUGAAUUUGCUUCUUUAAACGACAAUGUUGAUAUUAUAGUUAACAAAGCUGGACGUAUGUUGGAUAUGUGCAGAUUUUACGAGUGUUAUAAUAUUACUUCAAGACUAAUACGAUCAGAUCCAUAUAAUCUUGCAUGUCUACCAAUUCAUAUAUCUGUUUUAAAGGAGUUGGGGAAAUCCAAUGAACUCUUUAAAAUAUCUCAUGAGCUUAUGGAUGUGUAUCCUACUAGCGCACUUGCAUGGUUUUCAGUUGGUUGUUACUAUUUAAGCAUUAAUAAGAAUGAACUUGCCAGACGACAUCUUGUGAAAGCUUCACAACUAGAUAGAAGGUAUGGUCCUGUAUGGCUUACACUUGGACAUGCAUUUGCUGCAGAUGGUGAGCAUGAUCAGGCUAUUUCUUCCUACUGUACAGCUGCUCAAGUUAUUCGAGGCUCACAUAUUCCUAUAAUGUACAUUGGUAUAGAGUAUAGUGCUAGUAAUAAUCGUAAUCUGGCUGAACGAUUUCUCAAUGAAGCCUAUCUGCUUAGUCCAACUGAUCCAUUUGUUUUACAUGAAUUAGGCACAUUGGCGUUUGAAUCACAAAAGUAUGUAGAUGCUACAAGAUUUUUGGUUCGAGCAUAUGAAAAAGCCUGUGAAUUAAGCGGACAAGUCCCGUCACCAUUUUGGGAACCUUUGGUUAAUAAUCUUGCACAUUCAUAUAGAAAAAUGGGACUUUACAAUCAAGCCAUAGCUAUGCAUGAGUUGGCACUUCGUCUUGUACCUGAGUCUCAGACAACACUUGCAAGUCUAGCUAUGGUUCAUGCCAUCAGCGGUAACCUCGAGGUUGCGGUGGAUUAUCUCCAUCGUUCUGUUGGAGUUCACUCGGGUAACUGUGGUUUAACUUCAAGCAAUAUAGCAUCUACAAUGCUGAAUGUGUGUAUUGAGGCGUUAACGGGAAAAGGACCUUAUGCUUCUGGUCAGAAAGUUGGAAGAGUGAGAUGUUUUAAUUGUAUCCAGUUCAUUGUUAUUCUGGAGAAAUUCACCAGUGAUAACCCCAGAAGAAAAUGAACUACAUCAAUUCUUUCACUUAUGAUACACCAGUGUGUUACGCCUCGGCUGGAUGCUUUCGUAUGCCCAUUUCGGUCAAAUCCUGUUCCAUGUGGUAUGAGCCUUGUCAAUUUGGUUUUAGUCAUUUCUUAUCAGAUUUGUCGAAUACCACUUAACGAAGUUGCGCUAAGAGCUGCUUUUCUGAUAAGCGGGUGAUAAGUAAUUUUCUUCUUUCCGCCGUAAUGUCAAUCUACUACAGCUUGUAUUUCCUCCGAAGAGUCCUUGUAAGCGCCUAAACUUCUUUAAAGAUAUCCCAGAUACGCUUCCUGAACAACUCCUUCCACCUGCUGGACCUGGUAGUCUUCCUGGAUCUGAUCGAAUCCGCUUUAAAAAACCACUUAACGAAAUUUCUAAAUCCACGAAACCAGCACUUCAAUUGGAUGUUAAUUACCAAGCGAAGCCUGUUGAUAUGACUAAUUUAUCGCCAAAUACAAGUGACGAGGAUGCAUCUAUGGAUCUUGGUUAAAUACCGCCACCUGUGUGCUGAUCAGAUGUUUUGUAAUUAAAUGUGCAACAAUUCAAAACUUCAUUUUAAUAAAAGUGUGUCCUUUUUC